UGCACCAUGGGCGUCGCUUCCAACCCGCUUCUCGACGACUGGUCGUCGCAGCCCUUCUCGCUCCCGCCCUUUGAGGCCAUUGAGGCGAGCCACUUUGAACCCGCGCUCGCGGUUGCUCAAGACGCGUUUCUUGGUGAGCUAAAGGCCAUCGUCGAGAGCCAUGACGACGCCACGUUUACCAACACGGUCGUCGCGUACGAUCGGGCGGGUCGCCUCUUUCACAACGUCCUCGCUGUCUUCCACAACCUCUCGGCGUCGUGCUCGACGCCCGAGCUGCAGGCCGUGCAGCGGCAGCUCGCAGGGCCUCUCGCGUCCUUCUUUUCUCAAAUUACGACGUAUCCCGGCCUCUUUGAGCGCAUCGAUGCGGUGUACCACGCCCGCGACGCCUUUGCCGGCGAAGACCUUCGCCUCAUCGAGCGCAUUCACUUGGACUUUGUCCGGUCCGGCGCUCGCUUUGACAAGGAAACGCAGGCUCGCUACACGGAGGUGCUCCAGGACCUCGCGACACUCACGACGACGUUCAACCAGAACCUCUUGACGGACGAGACGGACUUUACAAUCGAGCUCUCGGAAGCCGAGAUGGACGGCUGCACGCCCGAUAUCAUUGCGUCCGCCAAGCAAAACGCCGCCGACCGUGGUUACGGCGAUGACGUCUACGUGGUCACGGUCGCCCGGUCGAUGGUCGAGCCGUUCUUGUCGAGUGCCACCAACAGCGCUGCCCGCGAGAAGGUCUUCCGCGCGUUUACGUCCCGCGGCGAGCUCUCGCCCGAGCGCGACAACAACCAAGUUGCAAAGCAGAUCCUUAAGCUCCGCAUCGAGCAAGCCAAGGCCCACGGCUACAAGACGUUUGCCGACUACCAGACGAGCGACACUAUGGCCAAGACGCCGGAAGCCGUCAGCGAACUCCUCAACCGCGUCUGGGACCUCGCCAAGGUCGCGGCCAACCGCGAGCGCGAAGCCCUUGAAGAGUACGCGGCCUCGAUUGGCGACAGCAGUGUCGUCGAGGCGUGGGACUGGCGCUACUACUCGGAGAAGGUUCGCCAGCUCCGGUACGAUGUCGAUGAAGCGACGCUCAAGCCGUACUUUAGCCUCGAUCGCAUGGUCGAAGCCGUCUUUGACGUGGCGUUCCACCUCUUUGGCCUGCGUUUUAUCCUGCGUGAAGACAUCAAGGCGUACCACCCGGACGUCAAGGUCUACGAGGUGCGCGAGACGACGGCCGAUGACGACAACAAGCUUGUGGCGAUCUUCCUGCACGACAACUAUGCUCGCAAGGGGAAGCGCAGUGGAGCGUGGAUGAGUGAGUUCCGCACGCAGAGCCGCAAUGUCGACGACCAGGGCACGAACGUCAUCCCGGUCAUCAUCAACAACAACAACUUUGUCAAGGGCGAGCCGACGCUCCUUAGCUUCCGCAACUGCGUCACGCUCUUCCACGAGUUUGGUCACGGCUGCCACGGCAUGCUCUCGGACGUCAAGUACAACCGCCUCGCCGGCACCGCCGUGGCGCGCGACUUUGUCGAGCUGCCGUCCAAGCUCAUGGAGCACUGGGUCUCGGAGCCCGAGGGCGCGGUGUGUGCGCUCAUGGACCAGACGUUGCACCAGCUCGACGACGUCGAGAACCUCGACUUGGCCGCCUUCGAGACGACCGAGCUCGCCAACCUCGAGAUGCCGCGCGGUAUCGUCAUGCGCCACCGGUUUCCGCAGUUUGCGCAUUUGUUUAGCGGCGACAUGUAUGCGGCCGCCUACUACGUGUACCUCUGGGCCGAAGUCCUCGACUCGGACGCGUUCGAGGCUUUCCUCGACGCCGGCGACAUCUUUGACAGCGCGACGGCCAAGCGCGUGCGUGAAAACAUCUACUCGACGGGCAACUCGGUGCACCCGAUGGACGCGUACCGGGCGUUCCGUGGCCGCCCGCCCGUGAUCGAACCCAUGCUCAAGAAGAAGGGGCUGCUUUGA